AUGAAGUUCCUCGCCAUUGCUGUCGCUCUGCUGCCCGCUCUUGGGUCGGCCCAUACCAUUGCUCAGCGCGUCCGUGUCAACGGUCAGGACUUUGGCCUAGGCAACGGCAUCCGUGUCGCGUCGUCCAACAACCCCAUUACCAAUGUCAACGAUGGCAGCAUGGCCUGCAAUACCGGUCUCUCUUCUUCAAGCAAGGUCAUUGACGUCAAGGCGGGCGACCGCAUUGGAGUCAACUGGGGCCACGUCGUUGGAGGAGCGCAAUACGCCAACGAUCCAGACCACCCCAUUGCCAAGUCCCACAAGGGUCCCGCCCUUUUCUACAUGGCCAAGGUCUCCAACGCAGCUAGCGCCUCUCCCUCGGGCCUGCAGUGGUUCAAGGUCUUUGAGGACGGCCUUGACGGCUCCGGUACUUGGGGCGUUGACCGCAUGAUUUCCAACGGUGGAUGGACAGACUUCACCCUGCCGACUUGCGUCGCCCCAGGCCAGUACCUGCUGCGAGCCGAGCUGAUUGCCCUGCACAGUGCUGGGUCGGUUGGCGGUGCUCAAUUUUACAUUGGAUGCGCUCAAAUCAACGUCUCUAGCUCGGGUUCCAGGACUGGCAGCACAGUUAGCUUCCCUGGUGCUUACAAGGCCGACCACCCUGGCAUCAAGGUUAGCAUCUACAACUCUCAAGGCCAGCCCACUGGAAGCGGUCCAUACCAGAUUCCUGGUCCGGCCAAGCUGCAAUGUUAGGCGUCAUUGUUGGACAUGAUAGAACAGAGGACUGUAGAGUAAGGACUGCAUUAAGCAGUUGAUUUAGC